AUGCGUCACGUUGCUGGUAGCGAGAUAUCGCUCCAGUAUCGACGGCGUCACAUCCUUCAGCUACAAACGAAACGAACGAUGGAACCGAAAAAAAAAAUGCAGCGCGCAAUCAAACACAGCAAAAAUGCUCGAUUUCGGCAAACUUACACCGUUGAGGAACUUCAGUUCGGCCUUCAACUUGUUCUGCAGCUUCUCACUGCUCUCUACCUCUGCGAAAUAAGUGCAGACUCUCUGCAAUAG